GUGGUUACGCCAGUGCACCAUAUAAAACUAUAAGAUAUCAAAAGAGAAAGGAUUCAACGAGGAACAAUGCAGCAGAUGCUAAAUACGUUUGCAACAGGUGCGGGAAGACUUACAAGGCGCCUACUUCAUUGAGCCGUCAUAAGAGAUUAGAAUGCGGGGUAAUACCCUGCGAGAAUUGAAGCCGAUCAUCGACAUGGAUUCUUCAAAGACUGAAAAAUUGGAAUGGCCCGUAAAUAAUCCAACAACGCCAUUGUUCUUUCCUAAGCUCCAUCGUGGCCAUACAACGCUACCGGAAGAUCAACAUUAUAUGUGCGGCGAAUGUGGGAAGGGUUACAAAUGGAUGGCUAAUCUAUACGAAUGUGGAAAAGCACCGAAAUAUCAUUGUCAAAUAUGCAUGAAGGAUUUCUACAGACGUUACGUCCUUAAAAAUCACAUUAAAACGAAACACAGUACAUAACGAGGAACAUCACUUUAACGAAACAUGCUAAUAUAUGUUAAUUAAUAUAAUAAAAUUAUCAAUAUUGAGUUUGUA